AGAAACGCUUUUGUGUUAGUCUAAUAGCUUAACCCGAAUCCCUAGGGACAUUUGCACGCAUGUUCUGUGUAGCGGCCGUUAAGAUAUUGUGGGCUCGUAAACAUGGCGGAGACAAAAACGAUUCAUGAAUGGCCCUUGGAAAUCGGCGCGUAAUUCGAAUUCAACGCAAAUGUUGGUCAAAUUUUCGCGAGAUUCAGCUGCUCGUAUGCUUCUAGAUUUGAUUUGUAAGGUAUAAUUCUAAUUUAAGUGUCUAAACAUUUUUUUGCCUUUGAAUUUUACGAUAUAUGAGGUAAUCGAAGAAAUUUAUUUUUCUGCUUAGAGUUUCUCAUUACCACCGGCCAUCUUAUUUCCGAUUUGAAUUCAAAAGGUGUCAAUUGGGGCGGUCCUUACCCUUUUAUAGCGAUUUUAAGAAAAUGCGAGCAUCGUUUAUUUUCAUGCUGUGAGUAGGCAUAUUACGAAAAUGCAAAUCGUUUUUAGGCGAGUGUAUUAAAGGUUGUGGUACAUGUGUUCUUUUCUAAAAAAAAUGCUUUUAUUUGAUAAGCUAAAAAGCGAUCAAUUCAAGCGGCCCUGUAAAUUAGUCAGCUCACCGCCCGUUCGUGUGGGCUCAAUUGCCGUGUUAAUGACCAAAUAAGUCCAAGUUUAAGCAGGUGUGCCAUUGACAGUGAUAAACACGAAUAAAUAUAGGCGAACACACCUUAAGGUAAUCGCAAAUAAACCUGGACAAUAUAAAACACCGAUUCGUGGCGUAAACAAGACAGACGAAGAACCUCCCGAGUCAGAUGAAAUAGUUGAACGAAGUGCCGACAAAAAGUAUUCUAGCGAACAAUCAACACAGGUUUGCUGUCUAAAGAUUUAUUUGCUUUCUUGGGAUUUUUAUCGCAGCUUGAGCUCAGGAUGCAAAGUUAUAUAUAUAUAUAUAUAUAUAUAUAUAUAUAUAUAUAUAUAUACUUUGGGAAUCAUCAGUGUUUAGCUGAUAAGAUCGGCGAUCUUUAAGACUCAUCUCAAUAACUAAUUGAAAUCUGCUUUGACAAAGUUUUUUGGUCGAGCAAUAUCUGGCUCAAGUCAAGGGUGGUUUUGAUUGUAAAAAUGAUCUUAUCAUGGACUUGAAAAAAGUCUACAACAAAAAGAUAGCUUUAUUUUCUAUUGACAUUGUUUCGUAAAUAAGCUGAUACAAGGCCUCUGGCUAGGCAUGAUAUGGAUAGCUCAGCGAACACCACAUGGUAUAACCAGACCUUGAAUGCUAACCCGCACCAGUCAGUCUAUCUCCAGUUAGCCGUCCUAAUUUUCGGGCUUGUGAGCGUGCUAAAACCGCUCACCUAUCAGACACUGCUCACAACUUAACGGACCCUGGUCGCUCUGAGUAUUGCUUGGGUGGUCAGUGUUCUCCACGGCCUCACGGCAACACUAACCCUGCCAACAGAUUCGUGGCACUUCAACUUCUCAGACAGCAGAUGCAUCCUUCAUAGCCGCUUCUCCACCUACCAUAACUUGUACAACUUGUUACUAGUUACACUCAAUACGUGUAUCAUGAUAGCGGCGUACACUUAUAUACUGAAAACGGCACUGAAACACAAGCGAAGAACAUUCAUGGCGUAUUAUGUCAAGGGCGAAACAGGGACGGCUAGGGCUUCCAUGAGCAAUGCGAGCGUCACUCAAAACCGCCAGGCGCGUUUGACAGACCUGCGAGGCACUAAGACUGCGGGCAUUAUCUGUUUUGUCCAAGUAGCGGUGUGGUAUCCUUAUCUAUUGAUAGCCUUCUUGGGAAGUCUGCAAAAAGACACUGACAAUACCGUGAAAAGAGUGAAUAUUGGGUUUCUUGGACCGUUUUUAGGGUGUUUAGUAAACCCUCUGGUUUACACCGUUAGGAAUAAGAACAUUCGCAUUGCUUGUAGGAAGAUGUUCCGUGUUUGCAUGAUAAGAGCGAGGUUUCUUUGUCCGUGUUAAAUUGGAUAGAGGGACUGUGUCUGAAUAACACUAUCAAGUACAUGGAUGAUAUACUCUUUUUUUAUAAUAACCUUUUUAAUAAGAACGUCCAGCCAGAGAUUUCACGAAAUUUUAAGAACAUGCCGAGGCUAAGAUAGCAGCAAAAUAUUGCUUUGUUAGUUUAAAAUGCAGAAUCAAAUUAGUAAUAACCCUUUUUAUUGCUAUCAUUUGUGUAAUUCUCUCCCGUUUAGAGGCUUAGAGGUAAUGCGAUGUGUUUCAGAAAUCAAUGUUGACGUCCAGAAAUGCUUUUGUGUUAGUCUAAUAGCUUAACCCGAAUCCCUAGGGACAUUUGCACGCAUGUUCUGUGUAGCGGCCGUUAAGAUAUUGUGGGCUCGUAAACAUGGCGGAGACAAGGACGAUUCAUGAAUGGCCCGUGGAAAUCGGCGCGUAAUUCGAAUUAAACGCAAAUGUUGGUCAAAUUUUCGCGAGAUUCAGCUGCUCGUAUGCUUCUAGAUUUGUAAGGUAUAAUUCUAAUUUAAGUGUCUAAACAUUUUUUUGCCUUUGAAUUUUACGAUAUAUGAGGUAAUCGAAGAAAUUUAUUUUUCUGCUUAGAGUUUCUCAUUAUCACCGGCCAUCUUAUUUCCGAUUUGAAUUCAAAAGGUGUCAAUUGGGGCGGUCCUUACCCUUUUAUAGCGAUUUUAAGAAAAUGCGAGCAUCGUUUAUUUUCAUGCUGUGAGUAGGCAUAUUACGAAAAUGCAAAUCGUUUUUAGGCGAGUGUAUUAAAGGUUGUGGUACAUGUGUUCUUUUCUAAAAAAAAAAUGCUUUUAUUUGAUAAGCUAAAAAGCGAUCAAUUCAAGCGGCCCUGUAAAUUAGUCAGCUCACCGCCCGUUCGUGUGGGCUCAAUUGCCGUGUUAAUGACCAAAUAAGUCCAAGUUUAAGCAGGUGUGCCAUUGACAGUGAUAAACACGAAUAAAUAUAGGCGAACACACCUUAAGGUAAUCGCAAAUAAACCUGGACAAUAUAAAACACCGAUUCGUGGCGUAAACAAGACAGACGAAGAACCUCCCGAGUCAGAUGAAAUAGUUGAACGAAGUGCCGACAAAAAGUAUUCUAGCGAACAAUCAACACAGGUUUGCUGUCUAAAGAUUUAUUUGCUUUCUUGGGAGUUUUAUCGUAGUUUGAGCUCAGGAUGCAAAGGAAUCAACAGUGUUUAGCUGAUAAGAUCAGCGAUUUUUAAGACUCAUCUCAAUAACUAAUUGAAAUCUGCUUUGACAAAGUUUUUUGGUCGAGCAAUAUCUGGCUCAAGUCAAGGGUGGUUUUGAUUGUAAAAAUGAUCUUAUCAUGGACUUGAAAAAAGUCUACAACAAAAAGAUAGCUUUAUUUUCUAUUGACAUUGUUUCGUAAAUAAGCUGAUACAAGGCCUCUGGCUAGGCAUGAUAUGGAUAGCUCAGCGAACACCACAUGGUAUAACCAGACCUUGAAUGCUAACCCGCACCAGUCAGUCUAUCUCCAGUUAGCCGUCCUAAUUUUCGGGUAUGUAUUCACCUCAACCGGAACUCUAGUGAACUCUUUCAUGCUGGUGGUAUUUGUAUUCAGCAAGGAUCUGUACUCGCCCGAGAUGCUCCACUUGGCUAAUAUAUCCCUCACAGAUCUGACAUUUGGAGUAGAAGGCCUCGUCUUUGCGUAUAUGAACCAAACAGGGACUCUCAAGUCUGAAUUCUCUUGCAACUGUUUCGUAUUCUUUCUCUAUAUGAAUAGUAUUUCAUCUAUACUAAAUAUUACCAUGUUGACAAUUAAUAGGCUUGUGAGCGUGCUAAAACCGCUCACCUAUCAGACACUGCUUACAACUAAACGGACCCUGGUCGCUUUGAGUAUUGCUUGGGUGGUCAGUGUUCUCCACGGCCUCACGGCAACACUAACCCUGCCAACAGAUUCGUGGCACUUCAACUUCUCAGACAGCAGAUGCGUCCUUCAUAGCCGCUUCUCCACCUACCAUAACUUGUACAACUUGUUACUAGUUACACUCAAUACGUGUAUCAUGAUAGCGGCGUACACUUAUAUCCUGAAAACGGCACUGAAACACAAGCGAAGAACAUUCAUGGCGUAUUAUGUAAAGGGCGAAACAGGGACGGCUAGGGCUUCCAUGAGCAAUGCGAGCGUCACUCAAAACCGCCAGGCGCGUUUGACAGACCUGCGAGGCACUAAGACUGCGGGCAUUAUCUGUUUUGUCCAAGUAGCGGUGUGGUAUCCUUAUCUAUUGAUAGCCUUCUUGGGAAGUCUGCAAAAAGACACUGACAAUACCGUGAAAAGAGUGAAUAUUGGGUUUCUUGGACCGUUUUUAGGGUGUUUAGUAAACCCUCUGGUUUACACCGUUAGGAAUAAGAACAUUCGCAUUGCUUGUAGGAAGAUGUUCCGUGUUUGCAUGAUAAGAGCGAGGUUUCUUUGUCCGUGUUAAAUUGGAUAGAGGGACUGUGUCUGAAUAACACUAUCAAGUACAUGGAUGAUAUACUCUUUUUUUAUAAUAACCUUUUUAAUAAGAACGUCCAGCCAGAGAUUUCACGAAAUUUUAAGAACAUGCCGAGGCUAAGAUAGCAGCAAAAUAUUGCUUUGUUAGUUUAAAAUGCAGAAUCAAAUUAGUAAUAACCCUUUUUAUUGCUAUCAUUUGUGUAAUUCUCUCCCUAAUAAUUAAUUGGGUACUAUAUUUUUAUACACUAAAAUUUAAGAACCUCGUUAAGAACAUUUCCAGUCUUAAGGAGAUUCGAUACUGUUUCCCAAUCCCCAAACACCCAGUCAAUGACAACUCGUAUCAUUUGCUACAUGGAUCGGAAUAUCAAUCUAUUUGGCCGUGUCAUGUAUCUAUGGACGAACUCUAUAAAAAUGCAAAGCUUGCUUACAUUAAUGUUUCCGUGGCAACGGAACAGUGAAUUCUCAAAUCGUUGUCGCAACGAAGCUCGGAGGCUCUGGUACCCAGGGUAAUCCUCUAAUGCCAGUGCCUCGUUUAGAUAGAAAUAUGUACAACCACAGGCGCUCCAAGUUCAGUGGUCUUCUCGUAUGAAACCGCUUUGAUACUGAGGUUUAUAUAUAUAUGGACAUAGAAACGUAUUUAAAAUAAAAGAAUCAGUAGUGGAAUUUGUAUAAUAAAGGCUGAAGUCUUACAAGAA